GGCGCGAGGGGAAAUCUUUCAAGGACACUCGCCAGAGAGAGAGAGAGAAAGAGGGAGGGAGAAUAAACAUCCGAAUUAUAUACCGUUUGAUGCAUUAAAUCAGAUAAGAUGUGUGGGAGAGUUUUUACAUCAGCAAAGGGGUGGAAGGAAAAGUUGCCCUGAACAACAAAUUCGCCUGGCCGCGAGCAACUCGAGAAAUCGAAUCCUGUCAACGCUGAAGAUGGUGCACGAGACCACGGUGAAUCGGGCACAGUUGCUGGUGACUGGGAUGGCUCUGGCUGCGGUAGUUCUGACAAUAGGAAUGUUUUUAUCUAAGAAGGACUGUGGCUGCCACAACUCCUGCACUAACAGAAGCAGGGAGCUCAAUGAUACUACAAUGAGUGCUUUCUUCAGAGCUCCUGUUUCCAAAGCCUCAAUGUUUCUCUCAGCCUACAAAAAUGAAAACGACGAGCAUCAAUCAAGCGAGGGGUCUUUGAUGUGGACGAGUGAUCCCGAAAACCCGAGCGAGGGCCUCUCCCUGAGCCCGAACAGGACCUGGAUUUCGGUGAAGGAGCGCGGGCUCUACCUGCUCUUUGUGCAGGCCACGUUCAAGGUGACCACCACCACCACCACCAACCUCAUGCUGAGGGUGGACGUGCAGUACGAGGAGCGCACAGAUAUGUUCUCCGCCAUCUUCAAAACGUACUGUGGGAGCCAGGCGUGCGUGGAGGAGCAGAGCGACGUGGUCCUCAGCAAGCCCAUCCUACUGCGCAUGCACCCAGGGGACAACCUGACUGUGGUGACCAGUCACAGGGAGCUGGUGGACUACACCAGAUACCCCAUACCAACUUUCCUCACACUCUUUAAGUACUCAGACUAGCGAGAGUUCAGUUUAACAGGGACAUUAACGCCAUCUCCGCACACUCUCAAUGAUUGCUAGUUUGUCUUCUGUGAGUUUUUUUUUUUUUGUAUCCACUCACUAAGACUGUGAUAGUUCUCUA